AUGACCUCAACACUCAUCCAUCCACCCCUCCUCUUGACUUUCCUUCUUCUGAAGAUACUGCAGACACUGAAGGUACUGCAGACACUGAAGAUACUGGUGAACUUAGAAAGUGCAAAGGGAAAUCUACUUGUAUUCUGCCCAAGAGAAUGGGCCCCUGACUUUAAGGCAUGUGUGUGCACCACUCAAGAGGCCCAAGCCAUUGCUGAUGAAUAUGGAAAAACACUUGUGUUGAUUGUGGCCACCACUGGGCUCACUACUAAGGCUACCUGGGCUGAAUCAGUUUGGAACAUACAUUGGGCUUGGUAUGCAAGUACCAACCCUAAAUUGUCCAACAAAUCCAUGAAUGAUUACUGCAGCCACCAGAUGAAACAUUAUGAGAGUCAUAAAGAUGAGGGAGAACAUCCUGAGCUGUGGGUGAAAAUUCAGAAGUUCUGGAAUGAGAGUAUCAACAGUACCAAGGACAUGAGUUUGAAGGUGAUGGCACAAACAUGGAGUAAUGUGGAGGGCAUCCAUGUUUUCAGAUGUGUCAUUUAUAGCGGAAAUGACAAAGCUGCACACCAAGCUCAAGGUGUCUUUGCUGGCUCUUUGCUCUGCAUGCAACUUGCAAGCAAGAGGCAGACAGAUGUUGCAAAAUUAUUGGAUUUUCUCUCUAUGAUUAUCAAGUGA